AUGGAUCACAGUUUCCUGCCUCGGUCCAUCUGGACCAGUGACAGUAAAUUCCUGCAGCAUCCAGCGGAUCUCUACAGCAGCGUGGUCGUUACGCGCAGCAUCCCCGCGGGCACGUGCUUUGGUCCAUGUGUGCUCCAAAACACUUUCUAUGAGACCAUCGCCUUCAUAGCGCAGAAAUCCUUUGACAGGAGAGCGAAACCCUACGUGUUCCGGGUGGACCCUGAGGCCAUGCGUAAUUCUGCGCUGGUGCUGUCCUGGCUGCGGCUCGUGCAGGCUGCGCGCAACGGAGAGGAGCAGAACACCGAGGCCUUCCUGAAAGCGGGUCAGCUGUACGUGCGGACCACCCGGGACAUCCGGCAGGAAGAGGAGCUGCUGGUGUGGUACGACCAGGAGCUGUCUCACCUACUGGGCUUCACAGACAUGAGCCGAGGAUCAGCGGAAGAGUACAGGUGUUGCAGAUGUAACCAGGUCUUCAAGAACGAGUAUCCCUUCCUGGCCCACUGCCGUUUCCUCUGCACUCAAGUCAAGAGUGACCCCUGGAGCCGCGAGGUUUACGCGCACAAGCACGUGGAAAUAAAGAGGCAACGCCGAGUGACAGAUUUCCACAACAUCGCCAGAGAUUUGGAACACAAAAGAUCCAGCGGCAACGAGGACGCGGAGAUUUAUCCCAAGAGGAGGAAAUACGAGGAAACGCUUUAUCCCAAAGGCCGGAAAACUGUGCUAUUAGAAAAGACAAAUAUUUCAAACGAUGAUAACAUUACUCAGCUGGUCAAAGGUUACGACCAGGCAGCAGGAGACGCGUCCUCCUCUGCGGGGAAACUGAAAGGCGACAAGAUCAAACCGGAUCAUUUGGGAUGUAAGGUCGAUGAUGAUGAGGACGAGGAUAUUGACGUGGUGGGAGCCAAAGAGACCUUUACGCAGGGCAGAGAGAUGGCAGAGAGCUCCGAGGUGCACUCGCGCAGCAGCAGUGCGUUCUCUCUGGUCAGGUCCAACGGUCAGGGCGGACAGAAAAGCGCUUUCUGCAAACCGAGCAAAAGAACUUCUCCCAUCAACCCCCAGGCGCAUCUCAGCAGCGCUGCAACAGCCCCCUCUAGCCGCCUAGAGGAGCUGCCUGACGUUUUCACCCCCAGGGCCGUUUUGGGAUACAACAACCUGAUGGCGUCCAGCGUCCUAAGCGGAGACUUGCAAAGCGGACCCCCCCCGGUGGCGCUGAACAACACUUUCCAUUACGCACCGGAGCACUGGUCCAGGAGCGUCGGCGCACAGCUGCAGACCGCCUCCUCCCUCACCAUCCUCCCGCCGACGUACACCUCCUUCGGCGUGUCGGUGCAGAACUGGUGCGCCAAGUGCAACCUGUCCUUCCGCAUGACCUCCGACCUCGUCUUCCACAUGCGCUCCCACCACAAGAAGGAGUUUGCAGUGGAGUCCCAGGUAAGGAGGCGCAGGGAGGAGAAACUCACUUGCCCGAUCUGCCACGAAUACUUCCGGGAGCGCCACCACCUGUCCAGACACAUGACCUCACACAACUGAGACGAGAGGGGGAUGAAAAAAAGAAACUCUAUUUAUUUCCUAGCAAAUGCUCGUAUUUAACAUGUUUAUAACAGUGAAUGUAGGUAACUGUCAAGAAAAUAGCCAGACGGACAGACAUGGCCUCCACAGCCUGUCCACUAGAUGACGAUAGAGGUACGUGUUGAUCUCACUGCAGUGGUUUGUCUGUCCUUUAGCCCUGUUGAUUAGGUCGAUGGUUAUUUUUGUGCCUUAUGGAACUCAGGAGGGGAGGAAGAGAGAGAACACAUCAUGAUUGUCAUAAAUAUCCGGACGCAUGCCCUCUUAUUCAUCAGCUUUUCUCUGCUCUGAUUGGUACAGAACACAUGGAU